AUGGCGGCCAUGGAAAUCGCUCGCUCGCUUUCGAACUCGCUGCUUCCUACCCCACCCGGUUCUGCCACGGCGGAAUCGUUUCGCAGCAAAGCAGCAUCUCCAGACCCCCAUUACAGACUAUCCAGACUAAACUCCCCACCGUCAACACCAGCUUUACGCUCCCCAUCGCUCAUGUCCCGCUCUGUCUCAGGUGGUUUCACUUUCAAGAAGGAGAAGGACCGCGAGCCGACACCGGAGAAGAUGGACGAGCGGCCUCCCAGCCGCUCGUUGUUCAACCUACGAAAGAAGAGUUCCCUGGCUUCAAUGGCCUCCAAUCGCGUCGAUGACCCCAACUGGUCGCGUUCGUCAAGCGGAGGAAAGUCCGCUUCCUCUGUCUCGUCAAUUAGUGAGACCCCACUCCGCACCCCUACCUUCCCUUUGCCACCCGUCAACAACGACAAAAGCCGUCAGCAGUUCCAACACAAGGACCAUUGGCGGGUGCAGCGCAGGGUCAAGCUCCAACCAUAUCCCGAUGCGCCGUAUAUGCAGUCGUUUGAGUCGGUUGUCCUGGACAGUGAACGAUACACGCACCAACUCAUUCGUCGACUUCUUCCUGACGCAUCGCCGACUUUCCACCAGUACAAGGACCCUCCACAGAGUGUCUUAGAACUCGGAUGUGGCAUUGGUGCAUGGCUUCAGGACGCUGCUCGUUUGUGGCCGUCAACGCAGUUCGUUGGAUUUGACCUUGUCAAUAUCGCAUUCCCAACUCUGACCGACGGAUCAUUGCCUAAUGUCAGUCUCCAGCUCGGCGACUUUCUCAACUACGCUCUUCCCUUUGGAAAGAACACCUUCGACCUGGUCCGAAUGGCUAAUCUUGGAUUGUGUGUGCCCUUUGACAAGUGGGACGAUGUGUUGCGGGAGGUGCACCGUGUCUUGGUUCCGGGAGGUCGUGUGGAGCUUAUUGAUGACCAAACAAUAUUUCCCUACGGAGAUGCGCCAGCAGAGGAGUCUCCGGAGGCAACCGUGAGCCAUCUGGCGACCCCGACUGCGCCAACCGUUUCCGCAAGCACUCCAACGCCACGUCCUAGAAUAACAGCGGAUUCUUCAACGUUCUUCGACUCCGACUCCGAUGACGAUAGUGACGAAAGCAAACUGGACUCGAGCAUGACAUCUAGUUCGGAUUCUGCGUCAGAGCGAUCGUCUUUCACUGACACAGCAUCCACUCUUGUCGGCGAAGCAUCCGAGCGCGGGUCUGUCGAGCUCAAAAAGCUUUCGUCGGACUUCAGCGCUCCUCCCCAACUCGAAUUCGAAGCUACUCACCGACCGUUCAGCGGCGUUGACCAUCUCAUUAUCUCUAUUCCGCCUCCUGCUCCUCUGGCCACUGUCGAAAUUGGGCCAGGUCCUAUGACACCAGUUCCCCAUACGCGUGCUGGGGUCCCUAACUCUCCACCGUUGUCUGCCGCAACACUUGAUGCGAUUUCCGAUGUAUCGGCCCCGCCCACGCCAAGCACAGGUCCCACAGAGCUUGCUGAUGAAGCAUCAGCAGGGCCAUGGUCUAGCCAGAAGUCGGCUGCUCGCGAUCUUGAACGCGUUUUCCAACGGAUGCUGGGAACGCACUUCAAAGUUCAUACUAGGCCUUCCGAAAUCUACCAUUCGACUCUGACCAAGGUGUUCGCCACUGUUGAUCUCCCUGCAGCUAUGCAUUUGAAAUUGGCGCCUCUGGAUGCUCCUUCUCGGCAAGACCUUGUUCACCAAGGGGUCCCUGAACGACGAAAGAAAAACCGACUCAGCAUGGCGCUUCCGCCCACCAAAGAAUUCGAGCCGGAAACUCCCAUUCCUACUGGUCUGAGUGCCAAAGCAGCUGAAAGACUUGGUAUAGCGGGGGGCGGACCUGGCGCGGGCCCUCCACCACCGACACUUCGUCGCCAACCAACAAAGUCAACGUUGAGUGGAACCCCAGAAGAAAGUGAUGAGGACGAUUUUGACGAGGACGAUGAUGACUUGGACGACGAAUUCUUUUCGGAUUCGGACGACGAUGAAGCUCCACCAACACGUCCUGAGCGCGGAGCUUCUGAUUGGGUUGCACCAAGUGAAUGGGAUGCGCCGCCAGAGAGGACUCCUACUCUGCCACGAAUGGCAAGUUCGUCAAUGUUGGCUUCUUCCAGCAGCAAAACCAUCACACCGUCGAUUAGCUCCAAGACCAUCACGUCCUCGAAAACCAUCAAGAUAUUGGCAGCAGCGCCACCCACUCAUACACGAAACGGUUCUGCAGCCUCUACGGCCUCUGCUCUGUCGACUGCAUCAGCAGGCUCGAAUGUCUCAAACGGUGCUUACGUCGAGUCGGCUCUUGGUCCCCAGAAGUAUGCUGAAAAGCGUGUCCAACAUCCUGGUCUGAUUUUGUGGCCAUCAACAUUCAUCCCGAUGGCACCACAAGAGCUCGAGUACCACUCCACCAAACACAUCCAAACGCUGCUUGGUUGCAAGCCUGCUCUCGCUCAAUACGUCGCCAUGUUCACGGACUCUGCGACGGGAAAGCGGUUCCUGUCGGAGGAGGAGUUCGAGCAAGCGUUGUGGGACUAUGAAAGCUUCAUACGACCACGAUUCAACUGGCCGCAACUUGCUGAAGCCCGGAUGGAGGACGACGACGGCGAAUUGUCCCUUACAACACCCGCUUCGGCGAAUUUCCAGCAAGUUCCCCGUCCCGUUAUAGACUUGCAAGGACGCGUUACAAUGCCGUUUGGGCCACAGGAGCUCACCCAUGUGCGAACAUUCCGCAUCUACGGCGCGGCCAAGGCUGGCGGCAAGGCCCUUGCAUAG